UUGGAUGAACUUGGCAAAAAGGGUUUCAUGCACAGUAGCCAACAACCCUAUACCAUCACAACAACAACAACAACAUUAUACCAACUCCUUAUUUUUCCGCGUUUCUAUCUAUAUCUCAUUGAUUAAUUGAACUCUUUUUUUGCUCCUCUUCCCGGAUAUUCACACUUAACGGAUCAUGUAUUUUUUGGAAUGGUUGAUGAAAAAGCGUCGCCCAAAAACUUUUCUUAUUGCUGUAGCAGUUUUACUAGCUGUUACGACUAUGCUACUGGCAAACACAGCAAGACGGAAAUGGUUGAGGAAGGGGUGGUUGCAUGAUCAUUUGCUCUUGUCCUAUUUUAAAAAGAUCCUCAAGCCCAAUCAUCGUCACCCAGUGAUGAUUCUUAAAAAGAAACAACAAAAGCGACAACGUAAAGAGGGGAUAGCGAUGGCAACAACAACACGUUGUCUGGUUCUUGUGAUCCAGUCCAAACCGCUUUUAUCUUCAUCUUCUUGUUCACAGUUUUCGAAGAACGUAUCGAAAUGUUUGGAUUAUCGGUCUAGACAAAAUUUGUUGUAUUGUUACUAUGUAAACAGCUACGACAACAAUAGCAUCAUCGUUCCUCGACCGCUUAAAGUAAAUCAUCAUCGACACGACAAUCGUGACGAUAAAAACCGGCAAAUGCGGUGGCAACAUCAUCAACAACAGCAUCCGCUAGCCAUAGGUCUGUUGCGUAACAACCAAUUUUUUCACCAUGGGAAUGACAACAACAACGGUGUGGUUGUCCCGGCAAGGAUUGCCAGUAAAACAUUUUUACCAAUAGCAUCAUUGUACUAUAAACUUAUGUUGUAAUAUUUUGUUUUUGGCGCGGGUAUUUAUGUAUAUAAACAGCCAUAUUUAUGUGUGUGUGCAUGUAGUAAUCAUCAUCAUCAUCAUCAUCUUGUGAUGAUAGAAAGAACAGCAGACAGCCGAGAGAAAGAGAGAGAUCGAU